AUGGCUUCGGUUAACUCGUUGAAGUCCCAUCGACUCCUUGAUUUUCUCUCUUCAAUUAGGCCAUCUUUUCUUUCAGUGGUGCUACUUUUUGGUUGUGGAUGUCUCUGGAUGAAGAAUGAAACAACCAACGGGCGACUCACCGCGCUGGAAACUCGCAUCAACAUGUUCCCACUGGAAGUUCUUGUUAAGAAUGGCCGUUCAACGGAAAACAGUGUUCAAAGAACGACGCUAAAGCCAAAAGAGGAAUUUGCGAGACAUCUCUUAAGAAAAAUUCAGAGAGAAAUGAAGUUCGACGAUACUUCAGGUUAGGAUCAAGACAGUACAAAAACAUUUUCAGUCCCUCAAUAUUUUAAGCUCGGGGGGGGGGGGGGAGGAUAUUUCCUUUUUUUUUUUAAUUUUGUGCUUGCGAGAACCAGAAAUUUCGUAUAUGUUCUUUUAUGAUGUGACUGUUGAGAACCGUUUUUCAGACUAAGGGGGGAAGGGCAAGGCAUAAUAACAAUAUUCCACAGUACGUUCACUUUAAUAGUUAAAAUCUGUCCUGUUUUAGAGUUUUACAGGUUACACACUAAACGUGAGACUCGAAGGACGCAAAAACUUUUGGUUCAUUUUUGUUUAGUAUAAAUACCCUCCACUACUCUACCUAAACAACACGUCGACAACUGAUAACUCGAACCUUCAAGGGAAAUCGAAAAAAGUUCGAGUUAUCAGGAGCUGGAAGAAAAUACCCGGAAGUAAGGUAAAAACAGUUGUACUGUACACAGUGAACAUUUUAAUCACAUUUUAUGUUAAGUGAAAAUUGAAAGGUACUUUUACGCUAUAAAUAAGAACGUAACGUAACAAAGCAUAGCCUAAAUAGAGCAUGCGUUUUACUGUUUUGAGAAGUAAAGCUGAUUCACGUUAGAUUUGUGACAAAGAGCAUCAGCCUCCACUAGUAAACUAUGUGCCUACAACACGUUAAGGGACUUCAAAAUUCAAUGUUUCGGAAGCCAGUACACUGUUUUUCCCUACUUUUUAAAUGGGGCUAUGUUACCCAACACGCAUGCGCGAGCCAAUGAAAACAAACUUGAAAAAGACGGCCCAACUUUUUCAAGUUGUGUCGGAGAUUUUGGAAGGCUGUUUUUAUCUGUCUAAAUCUCAGCCAUCGUUCGAUAGUUAGCGAAGUUUUGUAUUAAGAAUCGUUCUAUGGUGAUUACAGAACAAUUUUUUGGCGUUAUUUUAAAAUUGUUUGCCUGUGGAAUGUUUUUACGUGGAUUUACUGUGUCCUCUUAUCAGCGACCGUUGUAAUGGCAGAGUUAAUGACGGCUACUCCACAAUGAGUGAUGGAAUCUUUGAUGGAAUCUUCCCUAUAGUUCACAGGACUUAGAGGCUGCUGGCUCUUGGAUUUUUCUUGUGCUCAAAGUAUGUGGACAUAUAAUGAAGCGGCUAUCGAGUUGGCGGCGGCCGUUUUUUGUAAACGAUUACAAGAGCAUCAGGCCAUGAGUUUCGUGACGCAACUAAACUCCUCGCGAAGGAAACAUUCUAAAAUUCGGCUAGAUUCCUUCUUGUAUUUAUGUCGAUUCACGGCAAAGAUAAACACGACCGUUUGCUCGUCCAGAUUGUUCUCAACGGACUUAGAGAGGCACCUUAGUACGAGUUAGAUCCUGUAAAUGCCAUGUUUUUGAACUGUUUGUGUUCGAGCAUAAUUUUGCAAAAUAGCAGAGUUUACUUUCCCUUUUUAUCAACGGACUGCUUAUAGUGGAGUAGUAUACCAAUGAUGCUGGGUUCUGUUUUUCUCGACGUCGCAGUGAUUCGGCACGAUCGAACAAUUUUGCGCGAUAAUGUAUGUUUCCCUAAGAUCAAAACAAAGACUUGGUCUCUUGUUCUAUCAGCAUCUAAAUUAUAAAAUCAGUAGCGACAGAGAAGUCUAAUUGUUAAUGAUUUGAAACAGUCUUGGUCUUUAUCUUCGGUCUAGCGUCUUUUGUAGCUCGUUUGUAAAAUACAACUUCCAGUUAUUUUGUUGAAUAAGACAAUAUGUUGUUGUUGAAUUUUUGUUUGCGCUCUAUUUUAUGAAUGGCGUGCGUUUUUACUUCAAAACUACAAGUAAAAUUGUCGUCACAAUUUUAUUCUUGAUCUAGCAUAACCAGAGAAGAAACGUUCCAUAAAUUCUAUCGAAAUAUCCCUUAUCCAAACCCAUUUCGCUUGUUAACCUCUCUAAAUUCGGAACCUUGGACGUGACAGAGAACAUGAAGAAAGUCACGCGUUAAUUCAAAACAAUAGAAUCUUGACAGUUGAAAGUAAUUUGCAUAACCUCAGAGCGCACAUGGAGAAAGUCACGCGUUAAAAACAAUAGAAUUUUGACAGUUGAAAGUAAUUUACAUAACCUCAGAGCGCAUGCUCUCCAGCUGACAUAGCCCCUUUAAGCGCUCAAAACAUAGUUCGAGUUAUCGAGGGUAAAAUUAUAUAGAAAUUAUCUGAGGGGAAACAAAAAUCGGCAGAUUCGACUUAUCGAAGUUUCGGGUUACCGAGGGUAAAAUUACAGUAAAUGAAUGAAGGAAAUCCAGGGGAAAUCGAUUUUGGUUCGAGCUAUCGGGGGUCAACGUACCGUUAAGUACUUCCAUUCUAUGAUACAAUAUUUUACUUUUGCCGUUGUAAAAGGAUAGCCGCAACGGAAAUUAAAUUCAGGUGAUUGCACCUUUACAAGGAAGGGCCAAUAGCUUCAAGAUAAAUUAAAGUUUCUGUUUUUGAAAAUUUAUAUUUAUAACUCAUCAUGCGAUGAUAAAGGAAAAAGGGGUACAUGUUAAUUUUUAUAGUUUUAAUUUCCGCAUAAUUUGAACUAGAAAUGUGGAAGUUACAGAAAGAGUCUGCGAAUGCGGAAUAAAAUUCCAUGCAGAGAAAGUCUUAUCCCACAUGCCAGUAGCUGAAAGCUGAUACAAUCACAGUCACACUCACAGUCACAGAUAUAUAUUGUGUAAAUAUAACCAAAAAACAGUUUUAUUGGCGAGCUGUAUAGCAGGGCUUUAGCUUGGCUAACUAGGACCUCGAAAGGGCAGUACAAUGCUUUUGAUACCAUUGCGUUCUCAUAAAGUGUUUUAAUUGUACUUUAAGAAAGGUGAGAAACCUCAAAGGGAUAAACAAUGAAACAACACGAAAAAUGGCAACUCAAAACAAGCUACGCUUAAACUUAUCAGCUGUGUUUUUUCCUAUAAUAAAUUUCCGCUUUAAAAUCCAUGAAAAUUCAUUCAACAAAAUGCGAAUCAAAUCACCACAAACAUUAUUUUUCCAACGGAACCCCCGCCAAUUUUAACAUCCGGAGACUUUUAUGUAAAACUGUCAAUCAUGAGCAUUAAGCGGGAACUUAAUUUCCUGUGUUAUUUUGCACUUUACUGAAAUGGGAAUAAAAAUUAUAUAUACCCUGAAAAAGCUGUUUUAAAAACAAACCCCACUGAAGCAAACCUUCUAAAGCUAGUGCUGGCCAUAUCAGUAACCAAAGUAACAGAGUUAAGAUGCGCAAAUAAAAAUUAAAAGGGUUCUUACAUGAGAACUUUAAAGCACCAUUUAUACGAGGAAAAAUAAGACGCGUCUUACAUAAGACGCGUCUUAAAUAAGACGCGAACUUUCCGUAUAAACGGCACAUUUCGUCUAACAUAAGGCGCGGCUUAGCUAAGACGCGUCUUAUUUUAGAACAGCCCUUGACACCUGUUCUUAGUUAAGACGAGAAAAACUUCGUAUAAAUGACCUUCGUGUCUUAUAUAAGACGCGAACGCAUAGUACGCAUGCGUUAAUUUUUGGCGCGCCACGUUGGAUUGCCGUUGCUACGGGCAGCAUUCACAUAAAAACGAACCAAGAACAGAAAUAAGACUCGAACCAUUUACACGAGCUUCUCUCGUCUUAGAUAAGACAUGCUCGUAUAAAUGGUACAGUUCGCGUCUUAUUUUAGACGCGUCUUAAUUUUCCUCUUAUAAAUGGCCCUAAUACAAGUACGUUUCAGUCCCAAAACUGAUUUUCCCUUGGCCAUAGAUGAGUCUGGAAAAUCAAGAACAAGCGCAAAGCCAAGAAACCGGAGACAAGUUUUGAAUGUCACUUCAGCUACCAUCAGUAUACAUGACGUGCAAAAAGAAAUCAGCAAACAGUUUGCACAACUUAUGCCCACCAAGUACUGUAAGUCAAGUGAGAAGGUAUGUCCAACAGGUCCCGCCGGGCUACCUGGUCCCAUUGGUGCACAAGGACCACGUGGCAGGAGGGGACCUAGGGGAAAGAGAGGUAACCCAGGUAGCUUUGGACCACCUGGAAAAUCAGGAAUGGCUGGACUUCCAGGAUCUAGAGGAGAAAAGGGUGACAAAGGCGAACCAGGAAAUCCAGGACCACCUUGGAGGCCUGGAGAAUCGAUAUCUGCUCCACAAGUGAUCCUAUCACCUGCAAAUCACACUAGAGAUGAAUGA